AUGAGGGCAUUCGAUCUCCCAGCAGUCUGGGUCAUCAUGGCAGGCCAUGCGGAAAGAGGUGUUGGCCGUUCACUUGGAAAGUGGACAUUUCGCUAG